AUGCGUCCCUAUGCAGCCUCGCAGGGGGAUCUCUGGCUGCACAGAGCACCUGCCCGCACCAUCCAGAGCGCUCUUGUCAUGUUCGGUGUCAGUGUUCACACGUCUGUGUCUCCCCAGGACAUGGAUCUGCCCGGGGCCGAGAGGGAGGACAGUGGGAAGGCUAUCGGCCCCCCAGCCCUGUCCCAGCAUUUGUGCUGGUAUCGACCACACUGGUGGCAUCUCAAGUGUGGGCUGCUGAGAAGCUUCUGCAGGAAACGCCGGCCCAGACUCUCCUCUACCAACUCCACCUGGUUCCCCCCCUCGCCGCUGGCGUCCAAGCCGGCAGUGUCCGUGAGCAUCAGCAACCUGUACCCGGGCUGCGAGCAUGUGAGCGUGAGGAGCCGCAGCAUGAUGUUCGAGCCGGGCCUCACCCGAGGGACCCUGGAGGUGUUGGUGGCCCCGCCCCAGCACCUGCACUGCGAAGCCGAGGACCAGUCCAUCAAGGCCAUCGACAUCCAGAAUGCUUAUCUGAAUGGUACAGUAGCCCGUGCGCUGCACGGAAGCAUCUCCUGA